AUGUCUCGAAGAAGAAAUAGUCGCAAAAAUUGUUGUGAAGGAAUUUUCUCACAUUUAUUAAGGAUAAGAUUUACUCCAGAGGAGCUUGAGCAACGCGAUAAGUCGCGUAAAAUUGACAAAUUUCUGGAGAAAGAUAAAAAUUCCUUUCGAAGACAGGUGAAAUUACUAUUGCUGGGCGCUGGAGAGUCUGGAAAAUCAACGUUCCUGAAACAAAUGCGCAUAAUUCAUGGAAUCAAAUUCGAGCCGGAAUUGAUUAGAGAAUAUCAUCAUGUUAUUUAUCAAAACAUUGUAAAAGGGAUGCAAGUAUUAGUUGACGCACGGGAAAAAUUGGACAUAGCAUGGGAACAUCCAAUGACAGAGCAUGCAGCUAAUCAAGCCAUAUUAUUUCAUAGCAGUAAUGAUUUAGAUCUAGAAACAUUUCGACAAUACGCACCAUUUAUAAAUCGUCUGUGGCAAGACAAGGCUAUCAGAAAGGCUUAUGAUCGAAGAAGAGAGUUUCAAUUGAGCGACUCUGUUAGUUACUUUUUUGACGAACUCGAUCGAAUAUCACGGAUUGAUUACGUUCCAUCAAACAAAGAUAUUCUUCAUUGUCGUAAGGCGACAAAAGGCGUCUUUGAGUUUACAAUUAGAAUACAAAACAUUCCUUUCGUUUUUGUCGACGUCGGCGGGCAACGGACUCAACGGCAAAAAUGGACCAAAUGCUUUGAUGGUUCUGUCACAUCAAUACUAUUUCUCGUUUCGACUUCAGAGUUCGAUCAGGUGCUUGCUGAAGAUAGAAAAACAAAUCGAUUGGAAGAGUCGAAGAACAUUUUCGAUACGAUAGUUAACAAUACAGCGUUUCAAGGAAUCUCAAUAAUCCUUUUUCUAAAUAAAACAGAUUUGUUGGCGCAAAAAGUAAAGAAUCCUGAGACUGAUAUACGCUGGUAUUAUCCGCAAUUCACAGGCAACCCUCACUCGAUAAUUGACGUGCAGACAUUCAUCCUACAAAUGUUUUUGCGCGUUCGUAAAAUUAACCAUAAUCACAGUUUGAAACCACCACAACCAAUUUAUCAUCAUUUUACAAAUGCUGUCGAUACACAAAACAUUCAGGUUGUAUUUAAUUCAGUGAAAGACACAAUAUUACAAAGAAAUUUGGCGAGUUUAAUGCUACAGUGAACAUUUCGUGAGGUGCUGUACAUAUGGAUAGAAAGUAACUGAAACAUGAUAUAGAAAAGUGUAUAUGAUAAUAAUAUCCAGUAUUUGUCUAAAUUCUUUUUUUUAUGUCCAACAUCUAUCUAUUUAUUAUAACCUUUUGUUUUCUCGUUUUAAUUAUGCUACAUAUUACAAGAUAUGCACAAACACUCAGCGCUCAAGAGAUUUUCUUUUCUUUCUUUUUUUCAUCAAGUUUAACAAUUGAAAAAAAAAGAAGAUAGCGAAAUAUACUUUGUGAUGACCAAAAAGGAAUGAGGAUGAU